AUGGCUCUCUCCCGACUCCAACUAACGCCGGAUAUGAGUAUUUGUCGCAUUUUAAACGGCAUGUGGCAAGUGAGUGGUAGUCAUGGACACAUAGAUCCCAAAGCUGCGGUAAAGCAGAUGUUCGAUUAUUUGGAUGCCGGCUAUACGACAUGGGAUCUUGCUGAUAUUUAUGGUCCUGCUGAAGAUAUCAUGGGUGAAUUUCGACGUCAAUUACUUGCAGCACGCGGUCAAUCUGCUUUGGAUAGUCUGCAGAUUUUUACUAAAUGGGUGCCACAUCCAACAGCGAUGACAAAAACGGUGGUAGAGCAAAGUAUUAACAAAUCUUUAACAAAAAUGGGUAUGAACUCAUUAGAUUUGCUUCAAUUUCAUUGGUGGGACUAUGGUAACAAUAGUUAUCUCGAUGCUCUUCGAUAUUUAUCUGAACUUCAAAGCGAAGGCAAAAUUAAACACUUAGGUUUAACUAAUUUCGAUACAAAACGAUUGAAACAAAUCUAUGAAGCAGGCAUUACAAUUGUCUCGAAUCAAGUACAAUAUUCUAUCAUCGAUCGUCGUCCCGAAGUAUCCAUGGUCCCCUUUUGCCAACAGAACAAUAUUAAACUUCUCACAUAUGGAACCGUCUGUGGUGGUCUAUUAUCAGACAAAUAUCUUAAUCAGUCGGAACCACGUAGUGCAGAUCUUAUAACUGCUAGUUUAAAAAAGUAUAAGAACAUGAUCGAUCGAUGGGGUGGUUGGCAAUUGUUCCAAGAGCUUCUUACAGCACUCAGACGCAUUGGAGAUAAAUACAAUGUUAGUAUUGCUAAUGUUGCUAUACGUUAUAUUCUCGACAAGCCAGCAGUAGGAGGUGUUAUCGUUGGCGUUAGACUAGGGAAGAGUGAACAUCUACAAGACACAGCUAAGGUAUCUCAAUUUAUUCUCGACACGGAUGAUGUUGAACAGAUUGAGAUUGUAUCUCGGAAAUCACGAAAUUUAUUCCAAAGUAUAGGUGAUUGUGGUGAUGAAUACCGUUAG